AGGGAGAGGAAUAGCGAGAGGGAGGUGGAAAAGAAAGGGCACAGAAAGGAACGUGAGAAGACAGAUGAUUCCAACACGGAACAGGACCAUGGGGUGGCUUGGGUGACGAGACAGCGAAUGGGAGAGGGGAGGACAACCCUUUGGGAAAUACCCAGAGAAGGAAGAGCCACUACAAGGCAGACGGCCAUAGGUAAGAGGGCAGCUGCUGCUUCCUGCCUCAGAGGAGAAGAGAGGCAGAGGACUACUACGAGUAAAGGAGAGGGAGAGGGCAGGAGAUGGAUAGAGCAGGACCGAAUUGUGGGGGAGAGGGAGAGAGAGAAGACAGCUGAGGGACAGAGAGAGUUGGGAGAGGUCAGGGAGAGAGAUAGGAGGACUAGUACAGAAUGGGAAAGGGAGAGAGAAACUGAGACGCCAAGGGAGCUGGAGAGCGAGAAGGAAAGAGAGAGGCAUUUGAGAAGAUACCACCAGCAGCUUCAGCAGAUGCAGUGGCUCCAGCAGCCUCUGCCUGCCUCUCCGUCUGUCUGCCGCGGUGUGGAGGAGCUGCUGGCUGGGUACAGGGCCACUGCUGGGGCCGGGGGAGACCACCUCCCGCUCCGGGGGGAAGGGACCGCAGGGGUCACAGUGGAGGCAAAGGGGAGGGGACAGAGUCACCUCUCUAACAACACGUCUCAGAGCCACUGCCACAAUGGCGAUAAUGAUGAUGAUAAUGAAGGAGAUAAUGAUGGUAGUGGAGAGCACAUCCUCAAAUGUCUCUUCCCCGGGGUUGGAUCAGUGCUGUCUACCAUCAGCAGGCUGGAUGACAGAGGGACAGGAGGAGAAGGAGUGGAGAGAGGGAGUGGGGACGAAUGGGGGUCACCCAAGGAGGAGGAGAGGAGAGGGAGAUGGGCAUGGCCAGAGUGUAGAGUGGUCGAGUCAGAAGAGGGCGGCAGGUGGACAGGGGCUGUGUUGCAUCUUGGGGAGGAGGAACGGUUAACAUCUAGCCUCCGUGGGGCAUUUGAGAGGAGGGGGUGGGCAGGGGAACACAAGGAGAGAGGAGAAGAGGACAUGCUGCUGGGGGCUGAAUGGAGCACAGAGGAGGAAGGAGAGGUUGCCGUUAAUGACUUCACCCGCGGCUCCACAGACAGCAACAGUGACAACGACAGCUUUUACCGACACUGCAGCCACCACGCUCCGGCCGAGAGGCCCCUCUCUCCACCCCCGCCCCCAGCCAAGCUCAACGACCUGUCCCUGGAGUCCAAGCACAUCAACCAGAGCUCCAGUGGCCUGUGCCUACACUUCCAAAAUGUCCCCAUUUGUCCCUGCCAGCAGGGAGUACCACUGAGCCCCAGAAAGAGGACAGCACUACCAGGUGCUGAGCUGCUACGUCUUAUAGACCCUGCCACCCCCCUUCUGUCCUUUGUGCAGACGGGGAGGGGAGCAGCGGUUGGCACCACAAGGCUUCCCCCUGAGAGCCAAAAUAAUUCUGGAGUUGUGGCUCAAAUGCCCCCUUCUUCACCACCACACUGUGAGUCCUCGGGCGAUUCAUCUAGAUGCACCAUGGACCCCCUCUCACUUUCCUUGCUUCAAGUAGACAGGCUGGCAGCCACAGACUCCUUCCUCUGCCAGCAGGUACCACACAGCACCUACUCCCCCUCCCUCCUGCCUAGGGAAGGUAGAAAGGGAAAAGGGGUGGUGAACGGUGGCCAGUCUCUAGUACCCACUCUAGUGAUAGAUGGGAAGAGUGGUGAAGGCCACAUGGAUCAGAGGAGAUCCAAGAUGGACGCUGCUCCUCUCUGGAGAAUGGCUAUGACCAAACCAUCUGCCCCUGUGGUCUCCUUGGUGUCUGUCCAAGACCAAAGAGGAAUCCUGAAAACCCCAGCCCAGUUAGGGAGGGAGGUCCUAGGCUCCUGACUCUACCUGUCCCCCUGGCCCUUCUCCACACUUCCACUCACCACACAACCUCACUGUAUCCAAUACACACACAACCAAGUGCUCCCAAGGCCCAGUCCAGCCCAACACACAAACAUCACACCCUUUGCCUUCCACCCAUGUACCACAACAUACACAUAAGCCUCCCAUCGCGACUAAACACACAUUUCAGGAUACACCCAACUCCUCCAUCCCUAGUGUACAAAUUCUCCAACAAAUGAACAACCCCGUGCAAUUUAACAUUUUGCAGGACCAAUCUCAGUCGCCCAGUUCAAACAGUCCUCCUAACCGCCACACCCCAUGCCGUCUCAGCGGUUCAAGCAGUCCAGACGUUCCAAACGGUCUGUUAAAGCACGUUGGACCCCCAGCCACCCUCUCCUUCUCUACUCAGGAAGCCCUGGGGCAUGCCCAGUGGUGUGUUGUCCAGACCCAUUGGGAGCAGUUGAAGCAGAUAGAGUCUAUGUGUCGUAGAGAGGGGACAUUGCUGUGCCAACAGCCUGACGUGGACUUUAGGGAGUUACGUUCAUAAACUGGAGGAGAUCACGGAGCAGAAGGCUGUGUGCGUUCGGAGCCUGAGAUCUCUGCUACAGCCCUA